UUUGUCUCCCACUCCCAGUAUUGCAAAUUUCUCCUAAAAAUGUCCAUCAAAAUUUUGGUUGUUUCCUUCAUUCUAACCUCACUACUGUUCUUUCUUGUUUUCACUACCACAAGAUUAACCAUACCCAGUUCCAGCUUGAAGCCUUCCAUGAACUACUUCAACACCACCAAGGCCAACAACUCAUAUCCAGUUUCAUUUGCGUACUUGAUCUCUGCUUCCAAAGGAGAUUCUGGGAAGCUCAAAAGGUUGGUGAGGGCUCUCUACCAUCCAGGGAACUACUAUUUGAUUCAUAUCGAUUCUGGGGCACCAGAAGCUGAGCACAGGGAUGUGGUUCAGCAUGUGGCUAAGGACCCAGUUUAUGCUGCAUUAGGGAACGUUUGGGUUGUGGAGAAGCGUAAUCUUGUGACCUAUAAAGGACCAACCAUGCUUUCUACCACUCUCCAUGCUAUGGCAAUGCUUCUCAGAACUUGCCAAUGGGAUUGGUUUAUUAAUCUCAGUGCCUCUGACUACCCUUUGGUUACACAAGAUGAUAUGAUCCAAGCCUUUUCUCAGGUUCCAAAGCAUAUCAAUUUCAUUCACCACAGCAGUCAACUGGGUUGGAAAUUGAAUAAGAGAGGGAAGCCAAUAAUUAUAGACCCAGGGCUGUAUAGUCUCAAGAAAUCACAGAUUUGGUGGGUCACUAAGCAGAGGAGUCUCCCAACAUCUUUUAAACUUUAUACAGGUUCAGCAUGGACAAUUCUAUCAAGAUCUUUUGCAGAGUAUUGCAUUGUUGGGUGGGAAAAUUUGCCAAGAACCCUCCUCCUCUACUACACAAACUUUGUGUCAUCCCCAGAAGGAUAUUUCCAAACAGUUAUUUGCAACUCCAAGGACUACAAGAACACCACAGCAAACAGUGAUCUGCAUUACAUCACUUGGGACUAUCCUCCAAAACAACACCCAAGAACACUAGGACUCAAAGAUUACAGGAAAAUGGUGCUCAGCAACCGUCCAUUUGCCAGAAAAUUCAAGAAAAAUGACCCUCUUCUGGAUAAAAUUGACAGAGAGCUUUUGAAGAGGAAUCACGGGGAGUUUUCUUAUGGAGGAUGGUGCUCAGAUGGAGAAAGGCAUAAUACAGUUUGCUCAGGUUUCAAAGCUCACAAUUAUAGUGUUCUCAAACCUGGCCCUGCCUCAAAAAAGUUGAAGUUUCUGCUUUCGUACAUUCUCUCUCGCAAAGUUUUUCACAAGCGCCAAUGCCGCUAACUUUUCAUUUUCCAUGCUUUAUCACUUGUAAAAACAAUCUCCUCGUAUAAUAUUACACUUUGAAAAAUGCUUAUUUCAU